AUGUGCAACAUUGCUGCUUCAAGUGCAUCCGACAGCAGCCAAGGUUGUCUUUACCCACGCAAUCCACGAAUCUUGCAGCCCGAACCUCUUGGCGAUUAUGGAGACGAGUUGAAGGACUUUUACCUUUUCAAUAGAUCCUUUCCACAGAAGCCCUUUCCUUUAUAUACUCGAGCAUGGGUUCUUCAAGAAGCUCUGCUUGCGCCGAGGACUCUUGAUUGUGGGAAAAGUCAGCUAUACUGGAGGUGCGACGCUACCAAGGCAUCAGAAGAGUGUCCGGGAGGAUAUCCGAUUAGCAAGGGUGUGUACCUCAGCCACCCAGCGCAUUCAUCAAGCUGCCCUGAUGAAAGCCUAAGAGCCAUGGUGGCAGAGACAAAUCGUGGGAAGGAGGAUGAAAUCAGAUAUCCCGAAGAACCACGCCCUUGUGGUCUUGUCAAGUCUCUGACUCUGACAGACGAGGCACUUCAAACCGCAGUGAAACAUUGGAGUAAUAUCGUUGAAGCCUACAGCAACAUGUCUCUGACAUUUGAGACUGACAUGCCUAUUGCUAUUCAUGGUGCUAUUGAAGCUUUUCGGCCGUUUCUUGGUCAAUGCUAUGCUGUGGCCAGUCUUGGUAACUACGGUUCUCCACUGCAAGAGACCACUCGUCAAAAGAGCUCCGAGCUGGUCAUGGAUGUCGUUGUCACCGUCAUCUCUCCAGCUGAGAUCCGUCUUCAUCUCCACGCACCGAUAUUCAAGGCCAUAUACGUCGGUGAUGCUAGAAGCACCAUUAAACGAGCCCUGCGGGCAUGUUUUAUAUCACGUGCAAAGAGACAAAGCGUUGUGGUUGUCAACAAGCAUAUGGAUGUCAAGUGGGAAAUCAUGGGCUAUUAUACCGAAGACGACGACGACGAAGAGAAGUCGACACUUCGUGCCUGCUUCGACGUUCAGGAAGAGGAGGAUGCUGCUCGAGAUAUCUACCUUGUAGCAAUUACUGAAAAGAGUGGGACUGAAGGUCUGGUUUUAGCAAAGGAUGAUAACGGCUUUUACUCGCGUCUUGGAUCUUUCUAUGCUGCGGGGUCUGUCAGAAAGCUAUUUCAAGAUAAGGAAAGGACUGAAGUUAUCUUGAUAUGA